AGGACAGUUCUGUCCUUAUUCUUAUAUUUCCCUCCUUGGUUCCCAGCAUUUUCUUUCCUGGCUCUCCGAAAAACCGUCGUCAUUCAGUCGAAUACGCGUCGAAAGGAUCAAUUUCCUCCACGCAUUGCCGCGUUACAGAUAGAAUGCGCUCGAUUUCGUCCUUGCGGCAUAUUUUGGGCAAAAGCAGAGAACUUCCCUUGAAUUCCUCGCGGUUGAUCGAUCUGGCCGCUUAGGUUCCGGCAAUGUCUUCGAGGGGAUGCUCCGGCGGCUCCAGCUGCUCGGGCGGGGAUGGAGGGUCGGUGUCGCUGGCGACGCUCAUGAAGCGGGAGAAUUCGAUAGAGAAGAUGGAGAAGCCCGACAUUCUCCACGGAUAUGCCAAUCACUGCAAGAAGGGGGAGGACUUCACAUUUCUCAAACCCGAAUGUCAGCGUGUCCACGGGAAUUGCGUCAGCACCUUCUCUGUAUUUGGGAUAUUCGAUGGUCAUAAUGGAUCGGCAGCUGCUAUAUAUGCUAAGGAAAACCUUUUAAACAAUAUUUUGCGUGCCAUUCCUUCAAAUCUUGAUAGAGAUAAAUGGUUAGCAGUUCUUCCAAGAGCUUUGGUUGCAGGGUUUGUUAAAACGGAUAAAGAUUUCCAAGAUAAAGCACAGACUUCAGGAACAACUGUCACAUUUGUAAUUAUAGAUGGGUGGGUAGUAACAGUAGCAUCAGUUGGAGAUUCGCGUUGUAUUCUGGAAUCUGAAGGUUCACUCUAUAUUCUCUCGGCAGAUCACAGACUAGAUGUUAACAUAGAGGAGGUGGAACGUGUUACUGCAAGUGGGGGUGAAGUUGGUAGACUGCAUGUUGCUGGAGGAGCAGAGAUUGGACCGCUCAGGUGCUGGCCUGGUGGCUUGUGUCUUUCAAGAUCAAUUGGAGACAUGGACGUUGGUGAAUUCAUUGUACCUAUUCCCCAUGUCAAGCAAGUAAAGCUAUCAACUACUGGCGGUCGACUUAUCAUCUGUAGUGAUGGUGUCUGGGAUGCUUUAAGCUUUGAGUCAGUUUUGCGAUGUUGUCACGGGCUUCCAGCAGAUGCUGCUGCUAAGCAAAUUGUUAAAGAGGCUGUGCAGUUUAAAGGACUAAGAGAUGAUACCACCUGUAUAGUUGUUGACAUAUUGCCAUUUGAAAAAAUAUCUCCUCCUAUUGUACCACCUAAGAAGCAAGGCAAGGGAGUAUUUAAGAAAAUGUUCCGCAAAAAGUCAUCUGAAUCAUCGACUCAUCAUUCUGAUGAAGAUUAUGCUGAACUAGAUAUAGUUGAGGAACUGUUUGAAGAUGGCUCUGCAGUGCUUGCUCAGAGGUUGGACUUAGAUUAUCCAAUGUGCACCAUAUUUGGUCAUUUUGCUUGUGCGGUUUGCCAGGUUGAUAUAAAACCUGGUGAGGGUAUUUCUGUGCAUGCAGGCUCAUCAAAAUCUGGCAGUGUCUGUCCCUGGGAUGGCCCGUUACUUUGCACAAGUUGCCAGGCUAAAAAAGAAGCCAUGGAAGGGAAAAUACCUUCUAGAGACUCAUCUAGAAAGAAAGUCGGAGGUGAAUAGCCAGUUUUCAUUAUAAUUUGUGGUGGCGUUUCAUUUUCCAGAGCUUGCCAUUGAGAUUUCUUCCUCAUUACAUCACCAAAGAGAUAACUGGAGCCAACUGUAACACCAGGUUCUGAAGCUCUUCUCAUCUAUAGAUCAAUUCACAAUAUUUUACAGGGCAGAGAGUGCCAAAAUUGGCAUUUCUGUGAUUCUGUAACUUAGUAGAUUGUUAUAUUCCUUCCUUUGUGGAGCAAAGCCAUUGCAGUGCCUUUCUACAGAAGGCCUUAAAUGAUUCAAUUCAUUUUAGAUUAAUUGCCAUGUAAAUGUAUCAUUCUCUAAAGGUUUAAAGUAAUAUCAGCAUAAAUUGUAUUAUGUUAGCAGUUGGUUUUCUUAAUGUCAGCUUUCAAGAAAUGAAGUUCCAAUUUUAAGUUUC